AUGAAGAAACUGUUGAAUCCUGAUGAUUCUACUAGUCAGAAAAUUAUGGGUAUUCAUGGUAUGAGUGGUACUGGUAAAACAACUAUAGCUAAGGCCGUCUACAAUGAAGUUUGUGCACAAUUUGAUCAAUCAUGCUUUAUGGAGGAUGUACGAAGAAUGUUAUCAUCGGAGAAUGGUGGUGAUGUUGCUCUACAAACUAAUAUUAUUUCUAGUAUUCUGAAGGUAGAUUUUCAAGUUAGAAACGUCGGUGAAGGAAUCAACAUCAUAAGAGACAGAGUUUGUCGACACAAAGUUCUUAUUGUUCUUGAUGACGUGGAUGAAAGAUUCGACUUCGAUCGAGUUUUCGGUAGAUUAGACUACUUUUCUACAGAAAGUAGAUUUAUUAUCACUACGACGGACAAGAGGGUUUUGAUCAAGUUUGAUCAUAAGUUGUACGAACCAGAAGAAAUGAGUCACGAGUACUCCCUUAUGCUUUUCAGCAAGCAUGCUUUUGGGGCGGAUCAUCCUCCAGCGGAGUUCCUUGAUGCGUCCGAGAAGUUCGUUGAAGCCGCAUCAAGAUUACCUAUAGCUCUUAAGGUCAUAGGAUCACUUUUGUUUCGUAGAGACAUGAAAUUUUGGGAUGCGAAGCUGGCGGAAUUAAGGAGCAUACAUCCUACCAAGGUGCAAGAGAGAUUGAGGAUCAGCUACAACGAACUGACGUACUAUGAAAAGCAAAUAUUUCUUGACAUUGCGUGCUUCUUCGUCGGGGAGGAUAAGGAAAUACCUUUCUACAUGUGGGACGGCUCCGGUUAUCAUCCAGAAGGUGGGAUCGAUUCUCUGAUAAUGAAGUCCUUGAUUAAAAUCAACGAAAGGAAUCAAUUUUGGAUGCACGAUCACUUUAGACGACUAGGGGAACACAUUGUUCAUGAAGAUUACCCACAACAACCUUUCAAGCGUAGCAGAAUUUGGUCCAACGAAGAUGCUUUGGAGAUUUUAAGAAGUGGUGGUAAGGCCAGGCGUAAUUAUUAUCGAGUAGAAGCUUUAAGAAUUGACAUGAGGAAUAUGAUCGAAGGCCAGGACGGCGUCGUACCAUUGAUGAAGAAGCUGCCAGGGCUAAGAUACCUUGAAGUUGCCUAUGGAAGGUUGGUCGGAGAUCUCAAAGAGGCUCUUCCGAAGCUACGAUGCCUUCGACUGCGCCAUUGCAGCUCCGUUCCGGCCAAUUUCAGCAUGGAGGAAUUGACAGUUCUCGAGCUACGUGGUUCCGCAGUAAGAGAUGACUGGCAAGGCUGGAAGGGACUAAUACUGAAGGGAGCACGCCACUUGAAAGUUGUGGAUGUCUCAUCGUGCCGUGACUUGGAAACACCUCCAGAUUUGUCUCCAUGUCCAAGUCUGCAAGUGCUCAAUCUCUCCCACUGUUCAGCAAUGAAAGGAAAACUCCCCAUUAGCAACCUCACCGAGCUAAGGCAGCUCAACAUCUCCCGAACCCAUAUCACAGAGCUAAGUGGCGGCGACAAUCUUACUACCAAGCUUCAGAAGCUCCAAACGAUCAGUGCGCUGGAUUCUGCUCUGACAAGCUUGCCGGCCGAUUUACAACACUUGAGCUCACUCAAGGCCUUGGAAUGGAAAACCAAUUCAAGAAAUGCUAUUAACGUGGAUUACAAUAGACUACUUUUGCUGCCGGCAGGGUUGACCCGCCUGACUCUCUCACGCACCGUAGUAGCCAACCUUUCCGAUCUCGAGGAUUUGGAAGAGCUACGAUUCGAGCAUUGUCCUCAAAAGGCCUCGAUUUUCGAGGAUAUAGCGCGACUGCUCAAGUUGAAGAUCCUGAUACUACGGUUCUCUGAUGACAACCAUGGUUCAGACCAGGACGACCGGAGAGCCAUCACGAUGUUGGCUCUCCCGCCGUCCCUGACCCGCCUCCAUGUACGCCACUACAUGCAUCGGGAGAUAUAUUUCCCGAGCCUCGUGGGAUUGAACCGGUUGACCGAGCUGUAUCUGAUACAUGUCGGUUUCCUGGAGAUACCGAGUUUGAACCAGCUUGUUGCGUUGGAGACUUUGAGGAUUUUCGAGGCGCCAAAUCUAGUGAAUUUGGACGGGCUCGAGGGGCUGGAGCAUUUGAUGUACCUAACCGUCGAGAACUGUGGCGCCCUGAAGACGAUCCCUAGUCUGCAGUCGAGUUCGACCAAGUUGCAGAAACUAGUGAUCAACAGAUGUCCGCGGCUCACUCAGAUUCGGGGAUUCGUUAAGUUGAAACCAUCUUUACCGAGUCAGCUCAUACGCAUACGGGAGUGCCCUAGUCUCAUUAUCGUCGAUGAGGAGGGAGGUUCUUCGGGCCAAGACACUGCAAGGACAAGUUUCAUUGGUGCAAGUUGA